AUGAACUCCCUAAGAACCAUCUCGAGGCAGGGCCCUGUUCCCUCUGCCAUUUCGAGAGCGUCCUCUCUUUCGUCCCCUUCCUAUGGCAGAUCUCCAGCCUAUAGGCGGUUACAGAGUAACAUCUCGUCCGCCAGUGGCAAUGGAGCUCGAUCAUUGCCCUCUAGCUUCUCCUUCUCACAACCUGCGCCGCUACGCUCAUCCCUCCUCCCCGACACCAUCCGCAUAGAAUCCGCAUCGCGAAUUCACUCGAGGUCAUUCGGCUUCACUUCGCGCACCCAACAAGAGAAGCCGGAGGCAAAGGCGCAAUCGGAGGCUGCUAAGGCUGCCGAAGACGCUGAGGCCAAGACCGAGCCACCCGCAGAAGAGGAAACCAAGAAAGCUGAGGAGGAGAACGGCGAAAAGAAGUCAGAGGAAGGCGAAGAGGGCGAGAAGAAGGAAAAGAAAGAAGACCUGCCACCUCCGCCACCCCAUGGCGACAAAACACCAUGGCAGGUGUUCAUGGAGACCAUGUCAACCGAGUUCAAGCAGAACAAGGAAUGGAACGAGUCUACCAAGGCCAUCGCCGACGGCGCGCAUCAAUUCACCGAGAGCGAAUCAGUCCGACGAGCACGUGAAGCAUACCAAAAAAGCACCGAUGCUGUAUCCUCUACCGCCGGCAAGGUCCUGAAGACCACAGCUGGAGCUGUUGGUAAAGGAGCUGCCUGGACCUGGGAAACCCCUGUUAUGAAGGGCGUUCGAUCCGCAGCGAAUGUUACAGGUGAUGCUCUGGACAAGGCAACGAAGCCAAUCCGUGAAACCGAGGCAUUCAAGAGCGUCAAAAGUGUGAUAGAUGAUGGCAGCAGCUCAAGAUAUGGCGGUUGGGUUGAGAAGGAGGAACGAAGGAAGGCUAGGGAACUCCGGGAGCAGCUAGACAAGAUCAACGGGGUACAGUCGCCUCAAAACUUCGAGGAAGAUCCAAACGCUGGUACAAAUGUUACCCUACAUAAGGAUGCGGCUUGGAAAGAGGCAUGGAGGAAUUUCAAAGACCAGAACAAGUUUGUUCAGGGCAUGUUCGACAUGAACCGAGUGUACCAAGAGUCCGAAAACCCUCUCAUCUCAACCGCCAGGAGCAUCACCGAUCGUGUUGCUGGCUUCUUUGCCGAGAACGAGACCGCUAUGGUCAUCAAGAAGUUCCGCACCUUCGAUCCUGCCUUCCAGGUUGAACCUUUCCUACGGGAGCUGCGAGAAUAUAUACUGCCGGAGGUUUUAGACGCCUAUGUGAAGGGCGAUACGGAGACCCUCAAGCUUUGGCUAUCAGAGGCUCAAUACUCUGUUUACGAGGCACUCACGAAGCAAUACCUUCAGGCUGGACUGAAAUCUGAUGGACGCAUUCUAGAUAUUCGACAUGUAGACAUUCUCAAAGCACGUAUGCUUGAGCCUGGCGAGAUCCCCGUCUUCAUCAUCACCUGCAGGACGCAGGAAGUCCACGUUUACCGCAACGCCAAAACCGGAGACUUGGCUGCUGGCAUGGAAGAUAAGGUCCAGCUGGUCACAUAUGCAAUUGGAAUCACUCGAAUUCCCGAAGACGUCAACAACCCCGAGACGAGAGGAUGGAGGUUGAUUGAGAUGCAAAAGAGCGCCCGGGAGUACAUUUAG